AUGUCGCGAUCCGAAAGAGAGAAACAAUCAAAAAUGCAAGAAAAAUACCAGAGUAUAUUAAGUAGUAUGCUCAAAGAAGAAGAUAAUAAAUAUUGCGUUGAUUGCGAUGCAAAAAGUCCUAGAUGGGCAUCAUGGAAUAUUGGCAUCUUUUUUUGUAUACGUUGUGCUGGAUUUCAUAGAAAUUUAGGUGUACAUAUAUCGAAAGUGAAAUCAGUUAAUUUGGAUUCAUGGACAGGGGAACAGAUUGCUUCGAUGCAAGCAAUGGGUAACAGUCGAGCGCGAGCUGUUUAUGAAGCAAAUUUACCGGAUGGAUUUCGACGACCACAAGCUGAUUCUGCAUUGGAAGCAUUUAUUCGUGCCAAAUAUGAACAACGAAAAUGGAUAGCAAAAGAAUGGAUUCCACCCAAUAUUACGGUACCGCCUGAUUUUCUUGAUGCUGAACCAAAAGAAGAAAAACGACGUACAGAAAAAAAGCCAGAAAAUGAUAAAUUCGAAAAAGCUGUUAGUGGACAAAUUCCUCAACUGAAACCAUAUGUCGCUCCAACGACAGGAAUCAAUGCUGUUAGUAAGGUAUCAACACCAACACAGGUUGAACGCUCUAAUCAAGAUCAAGAUACGUCAAAUCAUGUUGCUGAAGAUUUGGUUAAAUUAGAUGAAAUAAGUGAAAUCAUUCCAUCCUCUUCGUCCAAUAGUGACAGUUUAGAUCCACUUCACUUAUUAUUUUCAUCACAUACUUACCCUACAAACAUCAAUAAUUCAUUAGCAGUUAAUCAAUCAGACACAACAGCUAACACAAACAAUUUGGAACUAGAUUUAAAAGCGGCAUUUUCGAAUGAUAAACUAACAACAAAUGAUGUUGAUUCUAAUAAUACACAACUGACAAAGGAUAAAAUUCUUGCAUUAUACAACAUACCACAAUCAUCAAUAACAUCAAAUAUCCCAUCUCACCAUAUAAAUACUAUAAAUCAUUUAUCACCAAGCACUCGUAUGUUUUUUACAAUGUCGUAUCAGUAUUUUUACAUAAUACGCACAUAUUUGUCUUUCAUAGCUACUGUAAUGCAAGCGUCAUCGUCAUUUGGACCUGGUGGAGUCGGAUUUCAAAGUCGACCACAAUUCCAUCAACAACGUCCUUUUAAUAAUCAGUCACAACAACAACAGCAGCAACAACAACAACAACAACAACAUGCUCAUCAUCAGCAUUCAGCAUCAAUCCCAUAUAGUGGACAACAAACGAACUUUUCACCAUAUCCUUUCUCGACCCAACAAACAAUGUACUCAUCACAAGGAAUGUUGUCAAAAGUAAAUGGUCUGACUAGUCCAACGUUACAGUCGCCAAUGCAAAACUAUACAACUGAACAGUUAAAUAUGCAAUUUCGCCAUAUGCAACCAUUUACCAAUGGAAAAACACCAACAACAACCGCUUUGGUAUCUGGUCUACCAACUCUUCCCACAAAUGUAUCUAUACCAUCUUGGAAUUCAUCCUUACCGCUGUCCACAACGACACUCACAAACACAGCAACAAUAGAUUUUUGGCAGUAG